AUGAAGAUCUCUCUCCUGCAGCAGAUGUAUAAGGAUGUACUGGGAGGCAUUCCCCUGGCAAAGGAAAGCCAGCAUUAUUCCUCCUUACUUCAUCUCUGUGCUGAGCAGUCGCCAGGAGAUGAAUCCUGUCAUGGGAUACAUCCAUCUGCUGAUGGUGGUAUUGGGAGCCACCAGGACACUGGUCUGUCAGAUGAGGUUGUCCCUGCACCAGAUGAUUUAUCAAACAGCUUUGCAAACAUGAGCUCCUCAUUCUGCCCACGAGAAGUGCUGCUGCUUCAGCUAACCUUGAUCAAGAUGAUGGUGGCUAAAGCAGAGUCCCAGCAAAUUGAGCUCAAUACGAGACAAAAGUACCGGGAAAUCUUCAUCCUUCUUUUGAAGGAGGCACAAAUCGACUCAAAAUUGAUUAGCCUGCUGAGUCGCAGUGAUCAGCUGUUAUCUCACAUGGCUUCACGAUGUUUAGCAUCUCUGGUGUAUUUCCAGCUGAAGGAAGAGAACGCGUUGAAUGUCACGUGGCUCACCUUCAGCUUGAACGCUCUGUUGGGAUUCCCUGGGAAUGCCCAGGUGGCUGUUUGCCUGUGGACUCUCACGGCCGUUAUCCAGGAGACCCUGAGAGACGCAGCUCUGCCCAAAGCAGGUGCUUUGAAGAAGUUGCUGGCUCCUCUUGAUGCUGUGCUUGAAGGAUUUUAUAACGCCAUUCUGCUCCAUAAUUUUCACAGUCAUCGCUAUACUUCACCUUAUUCUGAAGCUACAAACAAUCUGAUCAGUUUUAUAGACCUGCUUGAAGCACUUCUGGCUUCCAGAACUGAACUGGAAUCACCACUCAGGUGCCAGAGAGUAUUGUUUUUGAAAGUUUCUUAUGUCCUGAACCUGAUUAGCUCAUCAAUUCCCUAUUUAAUCAAGAAGAAAUUAAUUAUGCUCCUUAAAAAAUGUGUUCUUUAUGAAUCUAGAGAAGAUACUAAGAGUGGAUCACUGUCCUUACAAACCCCAUCUUUAUGUGAGGAUAUGCUUGCACUGAGUAAUGCUGUCCUGCAGGUUGUGAGUUUGACCUGGCUUAAUCAGAUCCCACUGAGUGACAAGACCAGCUACUUUGGAGGCAGUGAAUCUGCUCCUGCAGGUGACACUCAGGGUGCUUCUGACCAAACUGUUCUCAGAGCCUUAAGCCUGGUGGUGCUUAAAGCACUGGAAUUCAAGAUUCACAGCUCUGUGGCAGAAGCAGAAAUCAAAGGAGACUUUGAAAGUUCCAUGUCCCAGCUGUUGGUGUUCUGGAGGAGUCAUGUACAGCCUUCCCCCCAGUCUCUCCCAGUCGUGCAUCACUGUGAAUGGCUCUCCUUGAUUUUCAUGGAGCAAGAUGAUGACAUGUGGGAAGCUGCUAAAGCUUUAUUACUUGUUUAUUUAAAAUUUGGCAGGUCACGGCAUGAGGCUGCUGCUAACUUAAGCCAAAAGGAAGAGGAAUCCUGGGACUUCCUUAUGCAUGCAAGUGGAUAUAAUCCACACUGUAUCUUCUUAUUUUUUCUGGAAAAAAUUGCAUUUGACUCUACAGUACUCCUGGAUUUUUUGAUUUCAUCAGAAACUUGUUUUCUGGAGUACUUGGUGAGGUACUUAAAGCUGCUUGGACAAGAGUGGCCCCAGUUUGUUGAUGUCUGUAACCAUUUUGAUACCAAACAUUGCACUUUUCAAUCCAUUUCUUCUGUCAAGCCACCCCAUCAAGAAAAGCAAAGCUGUGUGACUGAGGAGAGUUUGCAAAAUGCUUGUUGUGAACCAGAACCACAGACUCCAAUGUCUUUGGCUUCUUGUCACAAUUGCUGUGUGUUUACAACAGAGCAAAGUGGUAAUGAAGCUGCAGAGUCGAACCAGUCUGACGCAUUGAUGUGCACUGAUAGUGCCUCUCUGCUGGGUUCUCUUCAAAGCCUUGUUAAUUAUGACAGCUCAGAAGAUUCUGAGUUGGAAUCAGAUGGAACAGAGUGCCUGAUAAACACAAAGCAGGUGCCUUUAAACAAUGAGGGUGAGAUGAGGAGAAGGGAAACUGAUUGCAUUUCCACUGAUGAUAACCAGAAUACACUCACGUCUGAGGUGUUGCCUCUGAGGCAGGAGGGAUCUCAUACCUCGUCCUGUUUGACUCGUAUGGCAUCUUUGGAUAACAUCAUUCCCCUAAGAAUAAUGCUUUACAAAGCAACUAAGUGUUUGGAAGAGCUGCAAAAAGCUAUUUCUAGGUUGCAGAGAAGAAAUCUUUUCCCAUAUAAUCCAUCUGCAUUGUUGAAACUACUGAGCCACAUUGAGGAGAUGAGUAAAAACAUGAAUCCACAAUAA